AUGACAUUAUUAAUCCAGCUCACAGAAAUCUGUGAACUUGUGCGAUUAAAAGAUGAUCUAAUUAAAGACAGGGUUGUAUUAGACCCCCCAGAGCACAAGGGGAUGGCUCUGCACAGUUUCAUUCUCUGGGUCUCACUAGCCUCGUUGAUGAAUGCUGCUAGUGUUUAUGGUGACUGCUGGCUCAUUGAAGGGGAGAAAGGAUUUGUGUGGCUGGCCAUUUGUAGCCAAAACCAACCACCAUACGAAUCCAUUCCUCAGCACAUCAACAAUACCAUAGUGGACCUCCGGCUGAAUGAGAACAAGAUCAAAAGCGUCCAGUAUUCCUCGCUCAGCAGGUUUGGUAACCUGACAGAACUCAAUCUGACCAAGAAUGAUAUUUCUUACAUUGAGGAUGGAGCCUUCUCUGCUCAGUACAACCUGCGUGUUUUGCAACUGGGAUUCAAUAAACUUCGGAACAUCACGGAGGGAAUCCUGCGGGGACUGGGCAGGCUUGAAUACCUCUAUCUCCAGGCCAAUCUCAUUGAGGUGGUGAGCCCCAAUUCCUUUUGGGAAUGUCCCAAUGUAAUGAACAUCGACCUUUCCAUGAAUCGGUUGCAAACUUUGGAAAGUUCCACCUUCCUGGGUCUCAGCAAACUCACCACUUGUGAACUCUACGGCAAUCCAUUUUAUUGUUCCUGUGAUCUACUGGGCUUCCUGAAAUGGCUGGUGCAGUUCAACAACACCACCAGGAGUUACGAUCGGAUGCAGUGUGAAUCUCCGUCUCGUUAUGCAGGUCACGCAUUGCUGAGUCAAAGCCAGACACAAAGUGCAUACAGCUUGCUGGUCUCAACAUGCGACGACACCAACACCUUUGAUCCCAAGUUCAUGCCUACCCAGAUGCCCUCAACUUCAACCACCUCAGACAGCCCUUGUGGAGCUGAAGACUGCUCCUCAGGUGAUGAUCCCACUCCUAUUAUAACCUUUCACUCCCCUACCCGUGAAACACGUUCACCAGCAAUAAAGGUGGAACAGGUUACCUAUACAAGUGCCACCUUGUUGGUGCAGAUCCCCCGGCCAUUCAGUAAAAUGUACAUCCUGGUGCAAUACAACAACAGCUUUUAUGCAGAUAUAAAAACGUUGCAAACAGAACAAGAGGUAAUUAAGCUGGAUAGGCUUCAGCCCCAUACUGCCUACACAUACUGUGUGGCUUCUAUCCGGAAUGCCUUAAGAUACAAUCAAACCUGUGUCACGUUCUCUACAGGAAGUAACAAGACAAGAGGCACUGUGCCCCCACCUUCAACUGCCACGCACUAUAUUAUGACUAUCCUUGGCUGUCUGUUUGGGAUGGUCAUAGUACUUGGCCUGGUGUAUUAUUGCCUGCGCAAGAAGAGACAACAAGACGAAAAGCACAAGAAAUCUGGCAGCAUGACAAAAACUGCUAUUGAACUGAAGUAUGGGGGGGAGAUGGAAGCCAGCGCUAUCUCUCAAUUAGUCCAGAAACCAAUGCCAGCCUGUGAGGCUGCACCCAGGAUGCCUUUCCUGCCAUUGUCAGGAGAUACAGAGUCACAUAAGCUUCAAGAACUGAGUGAAACACCCAAAACCACCAAGGGCAACUAUAUUGAGGUGAGAACAGGGGAGCAUUCUGAUCGGAGAGACUUGGAAGGAGGUGGACAGGGCCGGAGUCCUGCCACAGAGAUCUCGACCAUUGCCAAAGAAGUGGAUAAGGUGAACCAGAUCAUCAAUAACUGCAUUGAUGCACUGAAAUCAGAGACUGGCUCUUUCCAAGGAGGAAAGACUGGGGCCAUGGCCUCAGUGGAUCCCCAGGUGCUAAUGAUCACUCAGCAACCCCAGAGCAAACCUGGAUUCCUGUUGCCGAUUUCAAAGGAGAGUUACCAUCCACUGCAGAGACACAGUAGUAUUGAAGCCACCCCAAAACGCCCCAGCACCUCCUCCAGUGGCUCUGCAAAAAGUCCCAGAUCCUUCCACUCUGACACCUCGGUACCAGGGCAUGCCUGCAGAUCCGAGGCACAGUACAUCGAGAAGGCCUCUCCGAUCGCGGCUAGCAGUCCAGCCACAGUCCCACGGACACAGCAGCGCAGCGAGCACCGCCACACAUAUCCAGGGCAGUGCCAGGUUGAGCAGGCACAGCCAGAGGGACCAAUCAGUCGCAGCAAACCCUCCAUCCUAGAGCCACUCAGCCGGCCCCGGCGGGAAAUGCCAUACUCCCAACUCUCGCCUCAGUAUCAUAAUCUCAGCCACACAUCCAGCCCAGAGUAUAGCAGCAAGCCUCUGGGAAUCUGGGAACGCUUCAGACUGCACAAGAAGAGGCACAAAGAAAGUGAGGAAGAGUACAUGGCAGCGGGACAUGCCCUGAGGAAGAAGGUGCAAUUUGCCAAGGAUGAGGACCUGCAUGAUAUCCUCGAUUACUGGAAGGGUGUCUCCAAUCAGCACAAAUCUUGA